GUGCCCUGAKCGUUUUUUUUAAAUUUUAAAUCCCACGUUAUUCUUUCUUUGUCAGUCCACGAGGUGUCAUUAGUAUUAGUGUCUAGAAUUGUUCUAUGAAUUCCGCAAGAUGUGACUGCUAGAUCCUCGGGUAAUGAAAAUCUCAUCAAUACUCAGUUACGUCCUAACAAUAAUAGUAAUCGCUAGAUUCUGAAUCAGUGAUGUGACGGCUUGAACAUCCGCAGAGUAUUUUGCCCAAGGCUUACCAACCUACAAAAGAGACUUCAAAUACACAAGAUGCCAUUCAUCUUUUAAUCCAUCUUCUCCGAGCGUGACAAUCCUUUUGUCUUCUGUCCUAAUCAAUCCAGCCCACUCUACCUGUUAUUGCCAGCUUAUUUUGAACAGAACUUAUUUCCUGUGAACGGGAGGCAGCAAAGUUCACCUGUACUGCGUCUCGCAUAGUAAGCAGUCUCCUACCACACUAGUCUAAGUUCUUUAAAAGCUGAAGUUAACCUUAUAAUAAGAGAGUACGAAUUAACAAAGCUCUGUAUAUUUAUGUAGUUCCAAUGGAUCGAGAAAUUAAUAUCCAAAGAGGAUUUGGAAGAUAAGCUGUGGGUCUAAAGUAGAAACAAGAGCAAAAGCCUUUUCCCAGAUGCGUUUCGAGGCUCGAGGCCUGUGAUUGGGCAGUCAGCGCCGAAGCCCUCAGGGCCUUUCUGAUAUACGUCCUCAGUUCAGGGUCCCAAUGUGAUUAGUAUUCACAUAGAUAAUAGACUAUUAAAAAGACCAUAAUAACUUUACACAUUCUGUGUUCCUUUACAUGCAAGACAGGACGUGUGGCACAGGCGUGAUCUUCAACACAGUAAAUCAGCUUAGCAAGUGAUUGACACUUGGACCCCGCGUUAUUCAACGCUCUAAUCGAAAUUCACUCGCCGAGCACACCUGGCAAACCGGUAGCCUCAUCAUCCACCGAGUGCUAUGUAAUUUUCCUUGAUUUCUCUCAUCAGCUCCAAGGGUCGGUGGAUGUACUCUGAUGUCAUCUCUUGUCUGAAGAGUUCCUUAUAGAUAUAUAUUUGUCUUAUCAAACACGCAACAUUUUUAUUCUCAUCCCACAUUCGUACGCGAGAAUUUUCUUAGGGCUAAGGCUAAUCGACGGAAGCCGGAUCUACGACAGCAAUUUCUACGGACCUAUCAAGAUGGGUAAUUUAAGCAGAAAUUUUUAUAUAAAAAACAGUAAUAUAUCAACGACGAACAGAGAAAAUAAUAAUCCAAGCAUGUUCUACGAAGGCUUGGGAUGGUGUUGUGCGUUUGGGCUCGAGAGCAUUGCUAUCAUCCUAGGAAACCUAUUAACAAUAGGUGCUUUCGCCAAGAAGAAAUAUCUCCGAAAACGAGGGACCUACUUAUUAAUCAACCUCGCUACAGCCGAUGUCUUCAUUGGAAUCAUACCAAUACCUCUAUAUAUCUACUUCAUAGGAAUCCAGUUUCAACUAUGGCAAGCUUAUUUUCUUAAAACCAUAACAUAUGUGUUUUACGUGGCGGAUAUAUUGCUUGGUGUUGCAUCUCUGGGGAACUUGACUAUUGUUGCUCUCGAAAGGCUGUACGCUGCUAAGAAACCGUUUCGCUAUCGAACGCUUCAUCCGCGGUACUACUACACCGCUAUAGCUGUCACCUGGACCCUUGCUUGCGCGAUUGCUAUAUUUUGCUUUUCAGCACUUUAUUUAACUUCUAAUUAUAUUAUCUCGACAUACACUUCAAUGAUUGUCGUUUUUAUUGCGUUUAUACUCAUCACGACGUCGUAUUCUAUAGUUUGGUCCCGGCUUAAACUUCACAGUAGUAAAAACUACCGCAAGGCGUCGGAGAAUGAGCGAAAACUCGGAGUCACCAUGAUAAUACUGACAGUGCUUUCACUAUCUGCAUGGUUACCGUUCGUAAUUAUGAACCUAGUCGUGGUUUUUGCCAAGCUAACCGUUGACAACUAUAUCAUUAUCCACGCCACGAAACUCCUGCACUUUGGCAACAGCCUCACUAACUGCUUUGUUUACGCUUGGAGGAUGCCUGAUUUCCGAAGAGCUGUGCUCAAGCUGAUAAAACUUGGCAAACACGACAACUCUGGACAAAACUCUCCGGUUGAGACCUCUGCGAUUUCCCCUUUACAUAACUCUAGACGACCCCAGUAUUCCAGGGCUUUGUCAAACUACUCUCCUCAACAUAGGCUAAGCAUGAAAGCGCUGUGAUAAAUGAUUGAAUAUUGGAAUCAUGUGAAGAAUUACCAGAUAGCGAAAUGACCAAACAUUAUUCAUAUAGAGUUGUUCAUACGUUAAUUGCUGUUGCCAAAUAUUUUGGAUUUCCCAAGUAAAAGACGCACUUAUCUUUAAAAAAUCAUGUUUUAAAAUAAAUAAGUUAUUAAAAAGCAAUUUGUUCGUUCGUAUAUGUAUUUCAUAACAGCCCAGACAGCCAAGGAGUCAAAACACAGUGUAUAAUUACGAGAAAAUGCUUUGAAAUUUUCACAAUUCAAAGGUCCUCCUUAAACGUUUCAUUAAAAUGACACCUGACCAGUGAAGUAGAGUUGCUACAGGCGAGCUGUGAUCUUUUAGCCUAAAGCUUUUUAUUCGUAGAAAAUACAGGUCUAACGCUUAACGAAAUUUCAAUCUUAAAAAAAUACAAAGAUUUAAUCGAAUCGAAAAAUGUUGUGUGUAUCAUCUUAAAGAGAUCAUUUUGGACUAAAGAAUUAUUCAUGCAUCCCAUUUUAUUCAUCCAAACACAGAAUAAAUCAUUUGCACUCCUUUGAAAAGAGUAGCAUUUAAGUAGUAUCUUUGGAUAUACUCUCAUACUGUUAAUUAAGAUGCAGAUUAGUAGGGAAUAUUGGUUGUCUAUAUUGUUUGAAUCUGCAGCCUUUAAUUCUGACCAGUUUUGGGCAAACAAUUAAGUCAGUCUAGGACUCUUGAUUUAGCUCCGAAUCCCCUUAAAUCCGUCUUAAUUCAAAGAACCAUUUGAAUAGACAAUAUUGCAUCUAAAUAAUAAAUAUUGUCAAAGACACCUACUCAACAAUAUUCUAAAAAAUUCAUCCUUCAAUU